AACUCUUCCUUUCUUUUCUCUCAAUAUAUAAACUCUCUCACUCCCAUCCCCUCUCUCUCUUAAUUUCUUUCAUCUCCAAGCGGCGAAGUUUCACUCCCAUCUUCUAAUCAAUUCAUCACAUAUCUCACUGCUCUCUUGAUUUCAAGCUAGCUAUGGUGGAUCUUCAAACUGUUUGCUGCAUGUGCGGCGAUAUUGGUUUCCCUGACAAACUUUUCCGCUGCAAUAAGUGCCGCCACCGAUUCCAACACUCGUAUUGCAGUAACUUCUAUGGGGAAUUAGCUGAGAUAGGACAGUGCGAUUGGUGCCAAAGCGAGGUGAAAAAUUCAACAAAUGUUGUUGUUGGCUCGAAUUCCAAGAAACCGGUGCUCGUCGCCGUGACUGGAAUAACUAACCGUUCUGAAUUUGCCGGUGAGAGAAUCAAACAGCAUGACGUCUCAGAGAAGGGGAAGAGCCCAACUCCUUCGCCCCGGAGUACACGCAGGUACAAGCUUCUCAAGGAUGUCAUGUGUUAAAAAAGAGUGGAAAAAACCCAUCAUGCCAUUAGUUAGUAUUAGCUAGCUAGCUAGGUGUAUUUUGUUUUGAAGUGUGUUAUCUUUAUAGUAGCGAAAGAAAACGUAAACAACUCACUCAAUAGUAGAGACCAUUUUCUAACACUCGACAUGAUGUCUGAAAAUGAGCUGCAUUGUUGAGUGGUUUGUGUACGAGAGCUCUUGUAGUAGUAGCUUUGCCAACGUUAAUACUAAGUUUACGAGCCUUGUACUUCUCUUGCUUUAAGUGGCCUUUUCAUUUAAGUUGUGAAUACAAGAACUAUGUAACUUGAUGUUACCUAUAAUCUAUGGCUUCAAGUUCCCCA